AUGAAUGUCGCACCAGCCCUGCGAGGUCUCCCUGCUGGCCUUCCUCGCGUGGUGCCCGUGGAUCGCAAGCUGUUUCCUGAUGGGCUUCGUACCAGCGGCCAACAUCCUCCGAUCGAAAGCCAAUUACGCCCGUUCGAGGAGUUCCCGCGCAACAUCACCGGACCGACAGCCUGGACAGCGGAGCACAUGAUUCAACAUCCAGAGCAAUGGAUUCACCGGUGGACAGAGCAAGAGCUUGCGGAGCUCCUACAGGCCGUUGACACAUUUAUAGCCUCAGGAACCCCCCUCACCAGUAUCAGUAAGGAGAACUUCAGGGUACCCACGAUUGAAAAGAUUUUGCCAGGAAUUCGGAACGAUAUCUUGAACGGGCGUGGGUUCAUCGUUUUCAGUGGCCUACCCAUUGACAAAUGGGGGCGAUACAAGGCGGCGGUGGUGACGAUGGGGUUGUCGGUGCAUUUUGGGUAUCUCGUCUCGCAGAAUAAACUUGGCCUGAUCCUCGGCCAUGUGACGAACCAGGGUGCGGACUAUCACAAUGAUCUUGAUAAGAUCAAGAUCUCAGCCACAAACGCGCCGCAGUUCUAUCACACUGACGAAACGGAUAUCGUCGGGCUGUUAUUCUGCGCUCCCGGGGAGACCGGUGGUGCCUCCGGCUGUGCAUCUGCACACACAGUCUGGAAUGCCUUGGUAAAAGAAAGGCCAGAUGUGGCAAAGACGCUGGCUUCGCCUAUCUGGUAUGUCGACCGCAAGGGGGAGGUCACAGAUGGCCAAGAGCCCUGGUUUAAGAACCCCAUUUUCAUGGUCGAGCCGGGCGGCAAAGAGCGUGUCUAUGUUAAGUGGGACCCUUACUUUGUCAAAUCCUUGACUCGCUUCAGCGACAAAGGGCUGAUCCCUCCCCUCUCCGCAGAGCAGCUGGAGGCGAUGAAGGUCCUGGAGGAGACGUGUAAGCGGCAUGGAAUCGUCUACGACUGCGAGGUUGGAGACAUCCAAUUCGUGUCUUGCUGCCAGACAUUCCACUCGCGCACCGGAUUCACGGAUCCGCCUCCUCCAAAGCCACAGCGAUAUCUCCUGCGGACGUGGAUCGCGACACCUGAGCAUGAGGGGGGUUGGUGCCUUCCGUUCCACGACAGCUGUUACCCGAAGCGAGGAGGAAUCCAGGUCGACAAUACACCACCGGCGGCCGAUCCACUCACCACCGCAGGCGGGACCGAGUAA